UCUACUGUUAAGUUUCGAUUUUCCAAAAGCGAGAGGCGCGACACAGACACGGUGUGUCAACAUCAUGCAUUGUACCUUUGAAGACUGGAACUCGUCCUGAAAGGAAAACGAAAACACUUUGUAUUUCCUAGUUAGACUAUAAGACAUAACAUUUAACACAACUGGACUGAAUGCUGCAAAGGCUACCAUUUAGGCUGGCACUAUGGUGGUUAAGAAAUCAGCUAAACAGUUACGUGAGAUUGGACUUGACUUCUAUGAAUAUUUAAAAGAGACAAAUCGAGCUUCAUGUACGCACAAGGAAACGCUCAGAGAAAUUUACAACACCGAGUUUAGAAACAGGACUGAUGGUGAAAGGGAUCCAUGCUUUGGUUCAGUGCUGUUUGCCUUAAAUCGAUUUAAUCUGGUGAUAAGGUUAAAAGGAGGACGCCUUCGUUUCCAUCCAGAAGUACAGGCUUUGUAUGUGGAUCAAUGGAGUUCAGGAAGAAGACAGUGUCCUCUGGACCAAAGAGAGGGGACUGCAGCAGCCCCUUCUGUGAUUGAAUACUCUUCUCCAGACCAGGCAGAGACCGGGGUUCGAGCCCGCAGGAAUCUGGCCUGUGAGCUACUGAAAAAACUCAAGAUACAGAGGGCUGAGUUCACCUCUGACAAACAUGGCAUUAAGAUCACUUCUGAGGAGCUGUUCACAGAUGGAAAAAUGACUCUGAAUGUGGAAAGCCUGAGUGAGUACACUGUGUACCUAAACAUUGAAAACACCAGCAACCAAACAGUGCAUUUUAUCUACUAUACUGCUCUGCACUGGCUCCAAUUCUUCUCUCUGGAAGAUGAGCACAAAGUUACCAAGAACAAACCCCUGGCUCUCCAUUCAGGAGAGCACUAUGAAAUCAAGGUUAAGUUCAAUGGCAGUGCGAUUGGAUUCCACCCAGUGACACUUGCCUUUGAAUUCAAAUCCGACUUGAAAUCUUCCACAUCUUUUCACAUUGUGCGUUUUAUUGAAGCUCACUGUAUGACCGCAUUGGGCAAAGAGUUGGCCCCUGUGGCCGUCUUCAAGCCUCAAUCACUCCCUGCAUGGACCCCUGCAACUGAGUUACCUAUUGUGGAUGGGCAGCCUCCUGAAGGCAUGUCUGUGAUGAAGCUGAGAAAUGAAGUAGCGCUCAAACCAUACCAUAUUCCCGACUUCAUGAACCCUCUCAUUAGAGCACUCAAAGAGCAAUCAUCCUACAGUGAUAGAAGGAAAGGCAUAUUGGAAGGCCCUCUCAGCUGGGAGAACUAUGCAGAAAAGUUUAAGUUGAUGCUUUAUCUGGAGGAGCUUCAGAUGGAGGUGGAUAUCCGGAGAUACAACAUACCCAAUGAUGACCAACAGGAGGCAACAAUGGAGAGACAAAAAAAACUUCUGGUCCUCAAGGUUCCAGGUGUUGCUGAGAAUCGUCCAUCUGUGCUUAGAGGUGACCAGCUGCUGGCCUAUCCUGUGGGAGAGACAAAGAAGAAAUAUCGAGGUUAUGUCCACUCUGUGCAACUGGACAGUGUCAAAUUGGGCUUUAGCUCAGAACUACUGGAUAUCUUUAUAAAAGGCAUGAAGUUCAACAUUGAGUUUGUUAUAAAUCGCCUUACUCUGAGAAUCCAGCACAGAGCAGCAGAGUUUGCUGUGAGAAAUGGACUGGCCCCAGUGUUGUUCCCAGCAGCACCCCCUUCACCUGCCCCACAACAGACUCUUCCUGAUCUCAUGCUUUUUGACAGGAAGCUAGAGAAAAACCCAGAGCAGUAUCAAGCUGUGCAGCACAUUGUUGCAGGCUCAUCUAAGCCUGCCCCUUACCUAGUGUUUGGUCCACCUGGGACAGGCAAAACUGUGACAAUGGUGGAGGCCAUCAAACAGAUAGAGAAAUGCAAACCCAACUGUCACAUCCUGGCAUGUGCCCCUUCCAACAGUGCUGCUGAUCUCCUCUGCAAAAAGAUACGAGAUCAUGUGGAUGUGUCUUCAGUAUUCAGAAUGUAUGCCAGCAGCCGCAACCCAGAGCUAGUGCCAGAGGAGCUCAAGGCUUGCUCUAAUCUGGUUGGAGAAUGUUAUGAAUAUCCUGCAAAAGAAAAGCUUAUGGAGUAUAAAAUUGUGGUCACAACAUUGUUAACUGCUGGAAGGCUGGUAUCAGGAAACAUCCCCAUCGGUCACUUCACUCAUAUGUUUGUGGAUGAAGCAGGACAUGCUGUUGAAACUGAGUGUAUAGUGCCACUAGCAGGACUACUCCAUCCAGAGACUGGUCAGGUUAUUUUGGCUGGAGACCCUAAACAACUCGGGCCCAUUAUCAGGUCUCCAUUGGCUCUGAAAUUUGGCAUGGGGCUGUCUCUGUUGGAGCGUUUGAUGACAGACUUCCCUCUUUAUCAGAAAACCAAUGACAUGUUUGACAACCGUUUUGUGACUAAACUUCUCCGCAACUACAGGUCCCAUCCUGCCAUUUUAGAAAUUCCCAAUGAGCUCUUCUAUGACAGAGAACUGCAGGCAUGUGCUGAUGAGCAGCGCAACUUAUAUUGUUACUGGGAACACCUUCCAAAAAUGGGUUUUCCAAUAAUCUUCCAUGGAGUGACUGGUUUGGAUGUUCGUGAGUCCAGUAGCCCGUCAUUCUUCAACGCCGCAGAGGUAGAUGUGCUCAUGGAUUAUGUGAAGAAACUUCUGCAAACACAGGGAAAGAAAGGUAUUUCUAAAAUCUUUCCACGAGACAUAGGCAUCAUCGCCCCCUAUAGGAAACAGGUGCAGAAAAUUCGUAAGGCGCUUCAUAUAGUUGAGAAGGACUUUAAAUUUAUGUCCUUGGAUGACCUAAAGGUGGGUUCAGUGGAGGAGUUUCAGGGUCAGGAGAGGAGAGUGAUCCUGGUAUCCACUGUUCGCAGCAGCUCUCAGUACGCUGAGUUUGACAAGAAGUUCAAACUGGGAUUUGUCAAGAAUGAAAAAAGAUUUAAUGUGGCUAUAACUCGUGCCAAAGCCCUGCUGAUCAUCGUGGGAAACCCUGUAGUGCUGAGAUCCGACUCUACUUGGGCACGUUUUCUCCAGUAUUGCCAAGACCAAGGAGGCUACAAAGGUUAUGUCCAAACUGAGGAAGAUGAUGAUAUUGUGGAAAGAUGUGCAUCAUUGUACCUCGACAUGACAGAAGAAGUGACGACUGCAGAGAGUGUUAUACAACAACAGCUGAACCCAGAAUGGAGACAUGAAAUGUGAUGACCAAAAAGCACUGUUUAAGAGGAUCUGUGUACAACUUUUAUGUCUGCUCUACCCAAUCUGUGGCUCUACCUCAAUUUAUCCUUAUAAUAGCCCUGUUUAUUGCUAUUAAAUUUAUAACAGUUAAACUGGUAAAGGAGGUGCCUUUCUGUGUUUUUUAACUAUAGAAAACUGGAGCAAUAGAAUUAAAAGAAAAAUCCCCCCACACAUGCACAUUAUUAUGUCACAGAAAGAUUUGUGACAUAGAAUCACCACUGGUCCAAUCUGAUAUUGCUGCAUUUAACAAAAAUAUAUAUUGUAUGAUGUAUUGUUGUCUACAUUUGCAAGCAUAUGGGGUAAUAAAUUAUAGCCUACAGUUAUUAAAUUGCAUUUGUCUAUCAUUGUAACAAUUUCUUCAAAAGUGAUUGUAACUGCACACAAUGGCAAGCAUACAAUCUUAUCUUUUGUACACUUUAAUAAAAUUCGUUCUCUGGAAA